AUGCCUGAUCCACCACCCUCUUCUACCGCAUCAUCUAACCACACCACUCCGACGCAAAACACGCCUUCACCAAACCCUCACGCUCUCUCUACACGAGAAAACAUAGCAACCACCAUUAUCGAUGAUGCUACCCGGGAUCCUAAUUUUCUCGGACAUCCCGAUAUCGCAAACAUGACUAAUCUGCGCUGGGUAGAAGACUUAGAUGGCCGAGACGUCCUCGUCCAUGACGGUGACAGUCAUGCCACUAUUUUUUGGUUUGUCGGCUCUAUCGGCGGACGCUCAUUCUGGCUGCAAGCAUGUGGAAAUUGGAGCAUGAAACUUGGCACGAACAAUAAAGGUUUUAAACAUCAUUCCAUGUCGGCUAGUAUUGCUGUCCCUCCUUCUGACAGCGGACUCGAUUCGCUCUACUUCAAGGCAUGCGAGGCUGUACGAGCGAUAGAAAGGCGUUCCAAAGAAGAUAAGAAAUGCACUGUUGUUAACGGUCACAUGCUCGAUGUCGACGAUCGAAUCAAAAUUCGUCAUAAAAUCUUCGAGCGUGUCGAUCGAAAUGACAAUCUUCAUAAUGGAGAACGUGAAUAUGUACAAUAUCCCUCUCGUAUCACAGUUAUGAUAUCAACAAUUGGCCGUGUGUUACCGCUGACGCUGAAGCUGCCAGAAACCGACUUGCUCAACUCGUAUGAGAGCGCGUUGAAAGGUGCUUUGGUAAAGGCGACGGUCACCAUCUCGAGAUGGAAGGUCAACAAUUCGUUGUCCUUCAGCAUGGAAAUCAUCGAGUUGGACAUCAUUGAUCAACCGGAAAGCCUAUUAACAUCUCCCAUCAAACGUCGUCUGGAAGACGGCCCAGCUCACAGCCCUUCAAAGAGACGUGUCACCGGAAAAUGGUGA